CGGAAGCGGGGCCAUGGGGGCUGCCCCCUCUGCGGUGGGGACCUCGGGCACAGGCGGCCAGGGUGGCACGGUGCACAGCCUGCAGGAGCUGCGGCGCAGCGCGUCCCUGGCCACCAAGGUCUUUGUGCAGCGGGAUUACAGUGAUGGGACCACAUGCCAGUUCCAGACAAAGUUUCCCCCUGAGCUGGAGAGCCGGAUUGAGCGACAACUUUUUGAGGAAACCGUGAAAACCUUAAAUGGCUUCUACGCCGAGGCGGAGAAGAUUGGGGGCAGCUCAUACCUCGAGGGAUGCCUGGCCUGUGCCACUGCCUAUUUCAUCUUUCUCUGCAUGGAGACACAUUAUGAGAAGGUCCUGAAGAAGAUCUCCAAGUACAUCCAGGACCAGAAUGAGAAGAUCUAUGCGCCACGGGGGCUGCUGCUCACUGACCCCCUGGAGCGUGGCAUGAGGGUCAUCGAGAUCUCCAUCUACGAGGACCGGUGCAGCAGUGGCAGCUCCAGCAGCGGCAGCUCCAGCAGUAGCAGCGGUGGUGGCGGCGGGGCGGGGGGCCGGUGACUGGCAGGGAGUCCCUGCAGGGACUCAUACUGCCGGGACAGUGGCCUCUCCGAGCUCCGCAGGCUGCACUACCAGAGCACACGCUUCUGAGC